GCGUAGUAGCGGGGCCGCGGCAGCGCCCGCCCGUUGUGUUGCUGUUGCCGCCCGCCAUCUUGUCGCCAGCGCUGCUGCCGGCGGGGCUGAGCCGCGGGGGCGGCGCGGCGCCUGCGGCCGGGCCGAGGAGCGGGCGGGCGGCGGCGGCGGCGGCCGGGUCCGCGCCAUGAGCAUCGAGACGCUGCUGGAGGCCGCGCGCUUCCUCGAGUGGCAGGCGCAGCAGCAGCAGCGGGACGCACGUGACGAGAAUGAGAAGCACGAGAAGCUCCGCCUGGAGCGAGAGCAGGAGCAGCGGAAGGCCAGCGCGCCGCGGGCCAACCAUGCCGUCCCCCUGGAGGAGCCGCGGGGCGAGCUGCUGCUGCCCAUCUCGCCCCCCGCCCCGGCCCCGCCGCCGCCCCCGCCGCUGGCAGCCCCCAUCUCCGUCAUCCCCAUCCCGGUGGUCGCCAGCCCCCCGCAGCCGGCAGCCCAGGCCGCACUGUCCCCACCGCUCGCGCAGCGCCACCAGCCCCUCGUAAGCACUCCGGGCGUCACCAAGGAGGUGCCCGCGGUGGCUCCGGUCAUCCAGCGGCCGCCGGGCCCGCUGCUGGCAGACGGCAAGGCCGCCACCCCGCCGUCGGGCAGCCCCAAGCAGCUCCAGCACUACGCGGCGCCCGUCCUGGCCAUCUCGCAGCACCAUGUGGUUCAGCAGCCCAUCCAGCCCCAGCCCCUGCAGCACCCGGGAGCCGCCCCGCAGCUCGGCGCCCUGAAGCUGGCUCCAGCGGAGGACGUGAAACCGAACGAGCAGAAGAAGCGGCCCGGAGGGGUUGGGACCAGGGAAGUACAUAAUAAAUUGGAGAAGAACAGACGUGCGCAUUUGAAAGAAUGCUUUGAGACAUUAAAACGCAACAUCCCCAACGUCGACGACAAGAAGACCUCAAACCUCAGCGUCCUAAGGAGUGCCUUGCGAUACAUCCAGACUUUAAAGAGAAAGGAAAAAGAAUAUGAGCACGAGAUGGAGCGGCUGGCAAGAGAGAAGAUUGCUACCCAGCAGCGACUGGCAGAAGUGAAGAAUGAGUUGAGCCAGUGGAUGGACAUCAUGGAGAUCGACAGAAUUAUUCGACAGACAGUUCAGCCAGAGGAUGACCAGGCAUCUACCUCGACAGCAUCAGAGGGUGAAGACAACAUGGAUGAAGACAUGGAAGAUGACAGGCCAGUGAACUCUUUACCAAAACUCACCCAGCGCCAGCACCCAGAGCUCCUGAAAGCCGUCCCUUCAAAUGCUGCUUCCCAUCACCCAGCAGUUUUGCCUCAGCACCUGUCUAUCCAGCAGAAACAAACCCCAGCCCACGCACAGCCUCCCAUCCAGACACAAGCACUGGUCCAGCCGCAGGCGAUCGUCCCAGCACAGACUCACAUCGUGGCGGCUUCGACCGUGCAAUCGACUGUUAUUGCCCACACCGCCACUACCCACGCCUCGGUCAUUCAGACUGUCAACCACGUGAUUCAGGGUCCACAGACCAAGCACAUUGCUCACAUUGCACCUUCCACGUCCAGCCCUGUGCAACUUACCACUGCUGCUCAGCCUAUCGGCCACAUCACUGUGCACCCAGCCACCAUCAACCACAUGGCCCACCUCGGCCAGCAGCUGCCCAUCUACCCUCAGCCCGUGGCCGUCAGCCAGCCUGUGGUGAGCCACAUCGCUCACACUAUCUCUCACCAGCAAGUGAAUGGAACCACAAGCCUUGGCCAGCAAGCGGUGAUGGCCAAGCCUGCUGUAGGAACCCAAGUUGUCCAUCACCCGCAGUUGGUUGGGCAGACGGUCCUAAACCCGGUGACUAUGGUAACCAUGCCAUCAUUCCCAGUGAGCACACUGAAGCUGGCCUAGAGAGGAUCGUCCGACGGCGCAGUCGUUGUUGGGAACCUUUCCUAAACUCCAUACAUUCCAACCACGUCCGACUCCGCGGGAGGGAAGUGCAGCAAACUCGGAGUGGCGGGGUGUGCGGGGCUGGGGCUGGCUCAGCCAGCCCGGCCGCGAGCCUGCCGGUGAUAGCGAGACGGGGCCGCUCUGCACUUGGGUUUUGCUAAUCCGAGAAAACUUCAAAGACAGUUGUUCAUGGUGAUUUUUUUUCCUUUUAUGUGUAAUCGGUGAAAUAUGGAUAUGAUGUUCUUAAGACGUUAAUUUUCCCCUUUUAUGUGUUGCUUCUUUGUAGAAUAAAAUUGCUGAUCUCUUUAUUGAGACAUUGCGUAGAAUGGGAAAAAAUCAUAGAAGUCUAUAUUUAUAUAUAUGUGUGUAUGUGUGUGUAUAUAUAUGUAUAUACAUAUAUAUAUAUAAAUAUAACAUUUGAAGAAGGCCUUUUGUAAGGUUGAUUAUUUUGCAGGAUUAUUAGACAAAAUUCAUUUUUGGAGGAAGAAGACAGAGUGUCCUCUCUAAACAAGAAACUUUAAGAUAGAUGGUUUGGUGGACCAGGGUACAUAUACAGUGACAAAAAAUGCGUUAAAGGUAUUUCCCGUCAAUAUAUUUCAAAAAAAACAUCUAAAAUCACUGUGACUUGUUAUGGCAUUUCAAGGAAAUUCUCCUACCUACUGAAAGGAAGAAGGCAAAAAUGCCAGGAGGCCUGCGUGGAUGAACAAGGUCUCCUGAUGAGCUCCUGGACAAACUCCAACAUAAAAAGGAAGCCUCCAGAGGGUGGUAGGAAGGAAGGACAGGUAGCCUGGGAGAAAAUAGAGAGAAAUUGUCUGAGCAGCCAGGGGUCAGAUUAGGAGAGCUAAGGCCCUGAUAGAAUUAAAUGUGGCCAGGGACAUUAAGGGCAACAAGAAAAGUUCUGUAGAUACAUCGGUGAUAACAGGAAGACUAGGGAAAAUGUGGGCCCUCUCCAGAAGGAAUCGGGAGACCUGGUUGCCCAGGAUAUGGAGAAGGUUGAGGCACUCAGUGAGUUUUUUGCCUCAGUCUUCACUGUCAGGAGCUCUAGCCACACUGCCCAAGUCCCAGAAGACAAAGGCAGGGACUGGGAGCAUGAAGAAGUGCUCAGCGUAGGAGAAGAUCAGGUUCGAGACCAGCUGAAGAACCUGAAGGUGCACAAGUCAUGGGACUUGAUGAGAUACAUCCAUGAGUCCUGGGGGAACUGGCAGAUGAAGUUGCUAAGCCACUAUCCAUCAUAUUUGAGAAGCUGUGGCAGUUUGAUGGAGUUCCCACUGACUGGAGGAGGGGGAACAUAGCCCCCAUUUUUUAAAAUGGGAAAAAAGGAAGACCCAGGGAGCUACAGGCCAGUCAGUCUCACCUCUGUGCCCAGUAAGAUCAUGGAGCAGAUCCUCCGGGAAAUUAUGCUAAGGCACAUUGAAAAUGAGGUGAUUGGUGACAGCCAGUGUGGCUUCACUAGGGGCUAAUUGUGCCUGACAAACCUGGUGGCCUUCUUUGAUGGGGUUACAGCGUUGGUGGAUAAGGGAAGAGCAACUGACAUCGUCUACCUGGACUUGUGCAAAGCAUUUGGCACCAUCCCACACAAUGUCCUUGUCUAUAAACUGGAGAGACCUAGCUUUGAUGGAAGGAUCACUUGGUGAUGAAGGAAUUGGGUAUGGACGGGCAUGCUCAAGGAGUUGUGGUGAGCAGCUUGAUGUCCAAGCUGAGAAGAGCGAUGAGUGGUGUUCCUCGGGGGGUACAAGGACCGGUGCUGCUUAACAUCUUUGUCAGCAACAUGGACAGUGGGAUCAAGUGCACCCUCAGCAAGUCUGCAAGCCCCAAGCCGAGCGGUGCGGCCGACACGCUGCAGGGAGGGGAUGGCACCCAGGGGACCGGCAGGCUGAGAGGUGGGCCUGGGCAAACCUCGUGAGGCCAAGCGCAAGGUGCUGCAGCUGCGUUAGGGCAGUCGCGAGCACAAACAGGCUGGGUGGAUUGAGAGCAGCCCUGAGGAGAAGGACCUGGGGGUCCUGGUGGACGAGAAGCUCGGCAUGAGCCGGCAGUGGGCACUUGCAGCCCAGAAAGCCAGCCAUACCCAGCGCUGCACCAACAGCAGUGUGGGCAGCGGGGCAGGGAGGGGAUUGUGCCCCUCUGCUCCGCUCUGUGACACCCCCUGGAGCCUGUGGUCAGCUCAGGCCCCCGGCACAAGAAGGACAUGGACCUGCUGGAGUGGGUCUAGAGGAAGGACACGAAGAUGAUCAAGGGGCUGGAGCCCCCUCCUGCGAAGACAGGCUGAGGGAGUGGCGCUGCUCAGCCUGGGGAAGAGGAGGGUCCGGGGGGGCCUUAUAGCACCCUUCCAGGGGGCCUACAAGAAGGCUGGAGAGGGACUUCUUGCAAGGGCACGUAGUGAUAGGACAGGGGGUAAGGUCUUUAAGCUGAAAGAGGAUAGAUUUAGAUGAGAUAUAAGAACAAAUUCUUUGCUGUGAGGGUGGCGAGGCCCUGGAGCAGGCUGCCCAGAGAAGCUGUGGAUGCACCGUCCCUGGAGGUGUUUGGUGGUUGGAAGGAGCUGUGGGCAGCCUGAUCUAGUGGGACGUGUCCCUGGCCAUGGCAGGGGGGUUGGAACCGGAUGAUCUUUAAGGUCCCUUCCAACCCAAACUGUUCUAUGGUUCUUUGAAUACACAACCGGACUUCAUUUGUUGCAGUUUUAUAAAUUACUUGACUUUUAUAGCUAUGUCAAAAAAAAAAAAAAAAGUUUGUUAUUAAUGGAAGACAGUGUUUUGUUCAGAUGUUUUUGGUGGGGUUUGUUUUUUGGUUUGACUUGGUUUUGCUAAUGCAAUAAUUGGUUUUUCAGAAUUCUCUGCUUGGCCCUCCCAGUUUCAGGAUUCCUUGUGCCAGUCCCAAGCCCCAGGUUUCUUGGGUUUAUUUUUAUUUUUUACAGAGGCAGACACUUUGUGCUAGCAACUUGCAAUGUGUUCAUCUGGCCUGAUAGAACGGAACUUGGGACAAGAAGACCAACAGAAAUUUAAUUAAUUUGCUGCAUGGGUUACUUUUCUUUGUUAGUUUGUUCCUGAACUGACCACACUUUAGUGUGGAAGUUAAUGGAUUAGAGGAGGGAUAAAUGUGCAUGUGAUAUCUUCCAAAGUGCAAGCAAUUUUGACAUCUUUUUUUCUUUUGGGGAAAAAAAUAGUCUUGUGUAGGAUAACGGUAUAGUCCACAAACUCAGUAUGCAUAACCUGACAGUGAGUCUUACAGACUACAGUGAGACGUGCACCAAAGAAACCCCACAUCCUAAGUAACCACCUUGUUCCAUCUUUUCUGGUAGUGAGGUCAGAUCUCGUUGCAGUUAAUGGCAAACUCCCGCUGAGAGUGAGGGAUACUGAUUGCUGGUCCCUGCCAGGCUGCCUGGGAGGUUGCUUUGGAUGUGUUUUAUUGCUGACUGAAUAUUCUGCUCCUUGCACUGUUCUGUCUGUAUUGCUACUGUUCAUGAUCUUUCUGUUCCUUGCACCAUUUUGCAUGUAGUAUUACUAUUAACGUUCUAUUUUCCAUCUUCCUCUCUUCCUAAAAACAAAAGCUCUGAAGUCCUUAAUGCAGGUAAAAUUCCCGUUGUAGCCAGGGGACGUUCUCCUUGAGGCAGGAUGAGAGGAUGGUCCCUGCUAGCAUCCAACCAGUUACACUUUGGAAAUGACACCCAUUCAGAGGAGGAGGUAAGACGGGGUUGAGCAGUCAUGAGACCACCUUCACUGUGCUAGCCAGCUAAAUCUAGUUUUGAGUUAAGAUCUUCCACAGGAGGACUUGAUCUGUAGUCUGUCCAAAAUGCCUGUCAGCUCCAGCAGGACUUUAGCUUGGUUGUGGACUGCUGUAAACAGUGGCAGGGGUAAAUUAAAAAAAAGCUUGCCAGUUCUAGACUGCCCAUACUAUAGUUGAAACUGUGCUGGAGGUGGCAGUAAUUACUGCAAACAGGAAUCAAGUGUGAUUGUGCCUUCUGAGCAGUCAUGGCUGAAAAUUGCAUUAAAUCUGUAUUUAUUAAGCUGUGGGUUGCUCAGGAGUUAGUACUGGUUUUGUUUGUUUGCUUUUUCUUUCCUUGCAUCCUCAAGUCCAGGAAACUUUUCCUCAUGUUGCUAGCACAGUUUCUACAGCAGAAUGGACAAAUCUUUAAGGAUUCCGUAUCCUUGAACCACAUUUAAAUAGGUUGUUCACCCUCACGUUUAGUCUGCCAUUAAUGCUAUGGGGAAAAGGGAGUCACCACAGCUUUAUUGUCUCCCCUGCACAUUCAGGUGCUUGGCUGAGACAGUUGUGUUCUGUGUGCCAGUGGGAGCCUUUAGGUGGUAUUUCUGGAGAUGGGUGUUUGAAAGCAGGACAGUUACUCUUCAUCAGAGACUCUUGAAAAAGGAGUACUUGCAGCAGGGUCACCUCCCUUCCUAGGCAGACCUGCACGGCUUUGUCUUCUGCAGUUGUGUCAGGAGGAGGAGGAAGCAGCCUUCUGUCAUUCUUCUUUGCUGUUCCAAAUCAUGGAGCCAUGCAAAAUAACAAAAAUCAAGGCAGAAAGUCUAAUUUCUGGCCAACAAUGGCUGAGCUUAUUGAAGAAGAAAAAACCCUGCUUGGGAAGCGGAGCUUAGCAGUGCAUGGCUGCUGCGAACACAACAGCAGCUGGGCACCAGGAGUGAGCCCCUUCCUCCCCAGGACAUCGUUCCCCUUUUGCAGGUGUUGACAGAGAGGUACAGCAGCAAUAUUUACACGUUUGUCCUGUGCUUUUUACGUGGAGUUUUGAAUGAUGGCCUGCUCUCUGCACUGAAAAUUUAGCUAAUUCCAUUGGCUUCUUACCCCAGGAGAGCUGGUACUGGGUCACUGGCAGUGCCACAGACAGUUACUCCUAAAUUGUGCAGUGCCCUGUCAGUGUUUCCACAGUAAAAUACGUAGGAGAUUGAGAGAAGGGUUCCCAUUUCAUUUAAUACAGACAGAAGAGCUUUCUGGUGGAUUAAUGGCCUUCACCUUACGGACACGAGAUCCCACUGACCUCUUCAUCUUUUACUCCCUUAUGGUUUGAAGGUAUCAGUGUCACUAGCCCUGCUCACACGUAAGUCCUGCUUUUGCCACUUUUCCUCUCUCCCUUGGCUUUCUGUGACUAGUCUGAACCUUUCCUCAGUGUUAAACUCCACCUGAAGAAAGGCUUGUCCCACCCAGCCAGCCCAUGAGCUGCUCCAGAUGUCACGGGUCAUCCCUGCACUUGUUUGCCUUCUCCACAGCUACCAGAAACAUUUCUUUGUUUUUGUUUGUUUGUGUUUUACAGUCAGCAAACUUCUUUCUGUUCUGUGGGGAAAAGAACAAACCACAGCCCUUCUUUCCUCACAGCUGUCAUUCCUGCUCAGAAACUUCAGAUUUAUGCUAAUGCUCUUAGAAAUCAUGUUCAGUACUGUAUAACAAGGGGCACUUUAGAAAUGUCUCUCCUCCUUUGAUAUAUGUGUUUUCCCUAUGGAGAAAGCUAUAUAUAAAUAUAUAUAUAUGUACACUUUGGGAUUCAGAAGAUCUAAUUUGUCCCAAAAAAUCAAUAAAUAUGAAGUUUACAAGAAA